AUGGCCAGCAGCAGCGAGGCUGGUGCAGGUGUUGCGGCCCCUCUCAAGCUGUGGUGGUUUUGGCUUCGCCACGUGUGGGGGUAUCUUGCGUGCUUGCUGGAGACACAGGGACAGAGAGAGAGAGAGAGUGAAUCAUUUCCCGAACAAAAGAACGAGAGAGCCAGAGCGGGAGCGAGAGAGGGAGGGAAGGAGAGAGAGGCCUUGAAUGACUACAAGACCAAUGCCUCCAAGGCCCUGUGGCUAAUCACCAAGUCCUUGGAUGCUCACAAAGACGAGGUGGCGGGGAGCUUUGAGUCCGAGAGGCAGGCGUCUGAAGUCGCCAUGCGCGCUCUGCGCGACGAGCUCUCGAAGGGCCUCUCCGAGCGCAUGGCCCAGGCUCAGAAGCAGGAGGGCGUGCUGAGUCUAGACGAGUACAAGAAGGAGGCCUCUGCAGUGAUGGCCAGCACCAGCGAGGCGCUGACUGCGCACCGGAUUUCCACCGAGCGCGAGUGUCGCAAGUUCUACAAGAAGAGAUUCGUUGAUGUGGUCAAUGGGCAACUCCGGAACAAAGCGCAUUGGAACAAUGUAAAGGAAUGGCUUGGGAAGUUGCACACAUCCAUGUUCCGCUCUGGCAUUGGACAGAUCACCGAUGAUGCCCAGAACUAUGGAACGCAAUAUGAUCCGAAUUUUGAUUUCAACGCGAUGGAUGAUGAAUGUCUUCAUCACGAAGCUCAGAAGCAGGAGGCCGCACAGAGUUUGGAGCAGUACAAGAAGGGGCUGGACAAGGACCUUGCAGCUGCCAAGAGCGAGCACGCCAAAGCGUUGGAGGCUCAGAAGCAGGAGGCCAUGCAUAGCUUGGAGCAGUACAAGAAGGAGGCCUCUACAGUGAUGGCCAGCACCAGCGAGGCGCUGACUGCGCACCGGACUUCCACCGAGAAGCAAUUGGAGGCACAUGCCAAGGCUUUGUCGGAGCACCGUGACGAGGCCUUGAAGCAACUGGAGGCUUCAAAGGAGAUCUGCCAAAAAAACACGGCACAGGCCCAAGAGGUGUUGCAGCAAAAUCUGCUGAGCACCAGGGAGGGCCUCGAGAAGGCCUUGGGGGAACACAAAGAGCACACUGCCCAAGCAACAGAGCUGCAGAAGAAGGAGCACUCAGCAUUGAAACAAGCCUUGGCAAAGCAAGUAGCUGAACUAGCCAAGCUGGAGACGAAGCUGGAGACCAAAGUGGAGGCUACACAAAAAGAGAUCAUGGGGGGAAUGGAGGCGUUGAAGAAGAGUAUCGACGCGCAGCAGGCUUCCUUGCUGGCUUUUGAGGCCUACAAGAAAGCCUCGGCCGAGCAGAUGGAAAGCUUCAAGGCCCGGUCCGCCGCCGCGGCCGCGGAGGUCGCGGAGGUCCAAACGAAGUUGGAGACAAAAUUUCAGAAAGAGCUCCAGGCGCUCCAAGCGACGCUCCAAGCAGAGCUGAAAGCUCUCCAGACCCCCAAGACGGAGGGCUAA